ACUGACUGAUGAAAAUAUUGAUAUAGUUUUAAACAGCCUUGUUCAACAGUCCUAUUACAGUAAAAUGUUGAACGAAAAAUGUGUGUUUCUCUACACGAUAUUCUCCGGAUUGAUAGCGCUGUGCAUCUUUCUUUAUGGCUAUGUGCCGGUAUUUUCAUCACAGAUUAACGCAGCUAGCCGUCAAGAUUUGCCAACUAAAAUCGAUGGCUCAAGUAUCGACCCAGAGCGCAUCUACCAUUCAGACGUCCAAAAGCUGGUUAUCAUAAUCAUUGACUCUUUGAGCAUCGGCUUUUUCACAGAUUAUAGCAUCAAGAAGAAUCUACCUCACGUUACACGACUCAUUGAUCGGGGAGACGCAUGCCUCGUUCCAUACAACGUGCCUUCACCGACAACAACCAUUCAAAAGAUUAAAGCUCUUGCCACUGGCACGAGAUCCUCGUUCAUAGAAUCGAUUCUCACGUUCAGUGUGGAAGAAUUGGAAAUGGAUAGCAUCUUCCAUCAGGCAAUGGACAAUAAGCUUCAACUUAUCCUGCAUGGACCUGAAACUUGGAAACAACUAUUUCCAGAUUCUUUUCUCCGCUUCAAAACGAUCGAUACCCCAAUUUUUGACUACUCUGAGGCUGUGAUUAUUCUUGUAAAUCAAAUGGACGAAAAUACUGCGAACAGAAAAUUCAACUUUUUUGUCAUAUUCAUAACAAAUCUGAUGAUACUGACCUGGGUACUAGCGACAGGAAUGUCUAAGCGAGGCACAUCGUUUAUUUACAUGACUACUGCGAAGGGUUUUGUCAUUGCAAAUGUUGCAGUGCUAAUGUGUUGCAACUCUUACAUUAUGGGUACACAGAAGAGCUUUUUGACGAGAUUAUUUUCCGCUAGUACAGAAGUGGUGGAGAAUUCCAAAGAGUCCAUCGAUACCAUAUCGUCAAGAAUUCAAUUGGCCACAUCCAAGCACAAAAACAUGAAUUUGCUGCUGGUGUUUCUUAUGUCAGGAACAAUUGUUCACGCAACAAGUUUGCUCGAAUUGAGUUACAUAAAGCAAGAAAAAUGGGUUUGGUUCUUUCUGUGGACUUCCAUGUGUUUUUUCAUCAUCUACAAGCACAUUGGAACAGUAUAUCAAAGCGAAACUCCUGAAACCAGUCACGAGCUCUUGAACGAAUCGCAAAAUGUUAAACACGGAGUUAUCACUGUAGUUUCUUCCAUUUUAAUCAUGCACAGAAUAAUCAUGGCUUACACGACAGUCGAUAAUUGGGUGUCGCAUAACGAUAAUCGCUUGUGCACAUCUCUUUGCUUGAUUUUAGGUCUUGUGCUGCUAGCAUUUACUUGUAGCAUUUAUUACGAGCCCUUCACAUCUGCAGUUGAUAAAUUCAUCACACGCAUCCUGCUCGGUCUUAUAUGCUGUUCGAUAUACGCAUUGAACGCUGCUCAAGGGAAUGUGCUGCUCCCAAAAUAUCCAGAAUCAGAUGGCGCACUUGAGAUAUUGUUUUUUUGGUUGACGUGGAUAUCCAUCAUGGGGUAUGGGAUUGGAUUCUGUACGAUACAAACCUGUUGCAAAGGAAUGUCGAGUAGCAAACAACUGAUCGCAGUAGCGAUAACAUGCUGGGCAUGUUUUACAGCCUUGCUUACUCGCUCUCAUAAAGUGCUGCUGAUAUCCGUGGAGAUGUUAUUUGGCCAGGCAAUAAGCGAUGUUUUUAAAAAGCACAAUCAAUGUUCGAUUCUUUCUCACGUGUGGCUGGGCCAUUUGUUUUUUCACCAUCAGGGAUACACGUACAGCCUCGAUAGCAUCGAUAUGGCUACUGGACUGUUAUUUUCAAAAAAGAUGUGCACUUUGAUGUAUGAAGUACUUCUCGUCAUAAAUACUUUUUCUGCACCUGUUCUAUCAUACCUCAUUUGCAUCCACGGAAUGCUGAGUAACAAUUCCAAGACAAGCACGUCGCAGGGAAUCUCGGAGGUAAACAUGAUUUUUGGAUACUGUCGUUUUUUUCUGAUGGCGGUAUACCUCCUGGGAAUGUUUGUCCAUCGUCACAACGAGUGGUUGUGGAGUAUUUUGAGUCCAAAGCUUCUCUACGAAAUAGUUUACACUUUUUUGAUUGCCUUCGUCAUGAUAAGUGCUCAAGUUACCGGGCUGUUACACGAUCUAAGUGUGAAGCUACGCAUGCCUUUUACAGAACCCAUGUAG